ACGCAACUGAAGACUCAAGUCUAAGCUCACUCCAAUAUGAAGCGAAUUAUUACAAUGUUUAGCAUGACAAUGCUAUAUUGCAAGUCGGAAGCCCUGGAGUUCUCGGAUAUCACGUGCAGCUACUUACUAGUUUCGAGGCUAGGCGAUUCAGAGCAAGGUGUGGCUCUGAGAAAAUCGACUCCCUUAAACCUCAACCUCGAGAUCAACCAAACGUCUUGCCACCACGACUCUGCGCAACAACAUCUUGACCGGCUGCAAUCUGCGCAGCAGGUUUAUGACAACCAUACCCCGACUCUCAGUCGCAUGUGCCAAACGGCCCGCCUUGUCUGAUGCCGAUAUCAACACCCCUUCAAGCAUCUCACCCAUCCUUCUCCAAGAUGGAGGAUAGGAAGAGAUCCGCCGGCGAUGACCUCGCUCCGCCUACAAAGAGACAAGCUGUCAACGGUAAAGCCUCCGCGGAUUCCGAUCUGUCAUGGUCUGGAGAUAUCGAGAAUUAUCAAAAAGAUGCUAUAUUCCGUCAAAUGCUCGAGUAUAAGAGGGAGAAGGAUACCCUGGAGUCACGAUUAAAGGACGUCCAAAGAAGAUCACUAGACCAUGAUGACCAUCUGCGUGUCGUCGAUGGCUGGUGGACCCAGUUGUUGGACGAGGUCAGCCUUCUUGCUGAAGAUCAUGUGCCGUCAGACGAUGAUAUUGAUAGCUCAUUCCCCACUGCUUUGAACUUCAAGGGCAUCGAAGAGUUUCAAGGGCACCUAACAUCCAAGGCGAAGGAGAUCAAGUCGAAGCUGAAUACCAUGUUUACCCAUUUAGCGUCGGCGCGCGGCAAACAAUCCCCGGACCUCGGAGAGUUGCAAGCUAAGCUUACCAAACUUCUGGCUUCCCAAAAGGAGUAUGUUGUGAAAGUAGACCGGCUUCGAACCGAGAAGGAAGAACUCACAGAACGUCUGGAAGUUGCGUCACUUCGAUAUAUCAAAGCAGAGAAGAAGCUCGACCGUGCGAAGAGCCAUGCGGUUCAGAAAUUGGAAGCACAAGCAAUUGCUGGCAGCGCGAACAGUGCAGGUAGCGGUAUCGGAGCCGUCGAGAAUGGAGGAGAUAUUGAGAUGACCAAUGGUAUUGCUGAACACACCGAAGCUUCUCAAACCGCAUUGAAGGAAGCCCAGGCUGUAGUGGCAAAGCAACAAGAACAAUUGGACGCGAUCUCAGCCGAAAACAAGGCCUUGACGGAACAACUUACGGCUUUGAACACCAGAUUGACGAGCCUUACCGAGGAUGACUAUGCACGUACAGAACUAUACAAGCAGUUCCGAGUACAGCAUGAAGAUGUCAUCCGCCGAAUUAACCACCUCGAAGCAACGAACAUCCAGCUAAGAGAAGAAGCAGAAAAAUACCAAGCUGAGCGCACUGCUUUCCGGACCCAACUUGAGACUGAAUCAGACAUUGUCACAGGUGAACUGGAGAGUCAAUUACAGAGAGUUGAGGCCGACCUUAGCAGGAUCAGAUCUACUAGGGACGAGCUGCUUGCUGAUGUGGCAACCCGAAAGACAGCACAAGAGCACGAGCGCACGUCUGUUGAACAAUUGAAGGAGCUCUCGGCCGCUAAGGACGACCAUAUAGGAUCUCUCGAGCUGGCAGCAGAAAGAUUGCAGGCACGAAUUGACGAGCAGUCCUGCGAGCCCACCCCUCGACCAGAAAUCGAUUCAUUGACCGCUGAGGAAUUGCGGAGAAAGUAUGAGACUUUGGAGAAGGAGUUCGAUUCUAUCAAUAAGGAAAUGCCAGGCCUGCAGAGUGCAUACAAACGCGUGCAGGCGCUGUCGUCAAAGCGAGUGAUGGAUUUCUCAGCUCUGGAGGAGAAGGUUCAACUUCUAGCAGCAGAGAAAGCCAAGGCAGAGCAGAAGUACUUCGCAGCCAGAAAGGAUAUGGAUACCCGCUUGAUGGAAGUUCGAUCCUUGAAGGCACAGAACGCAAAGAGUUCUGAGAUCAUAUCCCAACUCAAGGAUGUCGAGACCUCGAAUCGAGCACUACUUACUAACCUUGAGAAACAAUUAUCUGACAUGCGACAAGCGAACACCUCGAUCAUGACAGAGCACAAGAAGAUGGAAACCACGAGCCGAGAAGCUACGAGCAAGUCCGAGAGCAUGAAGAACCAAGUCACAGAACUCACCAACCUCCUGAAAGCCAAGGACUCUCACAAUGCAAAUACGAAGCUACGAAUCCAGGCAGUUGAGCUCGAGAUUGAGCAACUACGCGUGAAGUAUGAACAAGCACAGAAAGACAGGGAUCAAUGGAAGACGAAGAGUUUAAGCAACCAAUCCGGUGAAGAGGAGAUGCUUCGGGCCUUUGCUCUAUGCACCAUCUGCCGAAAAGACUUCAAGAACACAGCAAUUAAGACAUGCGGCCACACCUUCUGCAACCAUUGUGUUGACGAUCGUCUCGCUAACCGUAUGAGAAAAUGUCCCAAUUGCUCGAAGCCUUUCGACAAAUCCGAUGUCAUGACAAUCCACAUGUGAUUGCUCUUUUACUUCAACCACCUUCAGCAUUGCAAUUUCUGAUUGUUGGAUUAUGGGAGUUCGCUUUAACGGAGUUUACGAGACCUCGAAGGUCGUGUAUGAUUGCAUAAGAAGGGGGGUUGGUUCUAUUGCUUCCGUCAUGGCUUUACGAGAUGAAAUGAUCUCUUCCCACUGUACAUCAAGUUUCAUUCGCACGUUAUUUGCACCACAGGGUGAUUACACUGUCUGGUUUCCAAUUGGAAACGACCCAGCGCUUGGGAGCAGUGUUUGUAGAGCUAGAUACCAGAAAUGAGCACGAAAAAUUAAGAUCCAUGAGCUUUACAUUGUGAGACUAUCUUCGUGAUGUUGACCCAAAUCCUGUGCUCUCAUGCCUAGCAGAGGAGCCUGAGCUUGAGCCACUCCUCCGA